AUGUUUCUACAAAGAGGUCAGCUUUUCAGAGGCGUCCGAUGCGUAGCGCGUGCCCAGCCUCGAUUGAUACCCCCGCUGCAUCGUCAUUCGUCUCAUCAAUGGCUUUCGACGCAGACUUCCAUUCAAAAGCGUACUACAAGCCCGCGAUCAAAGACGAUAUUUAGAAAGAUCGUAUUGAUAUCUGUCGGUGCCCUUGCCUGGGGCCAAGUCCUUAUCUCAUAUGUAUACGAGCCUCUCAGAGACAAUAGCGUCUUCACAGACAUCGCCCAAUCGACCAUCUUCCGAGCAAUACCAGUAAAGCUAGCGCGGCCAGCCGAAAAAACGGAAAAUGAGCUGUAUCAACCGAUCACUGGGGGUAAAGAGAUACGGCUGCUUAUCCUGGGGCCGGGUGCACGCGAGGAUCCACUGGAAUGCCAGCUGGUCAACGCUGAGCUGUCGUGGAGGACCAGAUUCGAGGCUUUAUCGUACGUCUGGGGAGACGACACCACCAAACACGACCUUAAAUGUUCUGGACGCAUUAUCGGUGUCAUGGCUAACCUUCAUGAUGCCCUGUUGGACUUGCGGCUUCCAACACAAAGGCGUGUUCUAUGGAUUGAUGCCCUCUGUAUCAACCAGGCCGAUAACGACGAAAAGUCCAAACAGAUCAGACUUAUGCAUGAGAUCUACUCCCAAGCCUCUGACGUCCUCAUCUAUCUCGGAAAAUCAGAUGCUUCUGUGCAUGGUGCGAUUAAAUCAAUGCGUUGGCUCGACUGGAAGUUCAUGCCUCUCUACGCUCGAAAAUCUCAUAUGAGUUCAUACGUUGGCAUAUCAAGUUUCCUUAUUGAGAAGCAUACAAAGAUAAAACCCAUAAAUCGACAGGACUUCACAUGGGAUCCGAUCAUCAAUUUGCUGGGCCGUCCAUGGUUUCAACGCACUUGGGUGAUCCAAGAGGCCGUCAUACCGAAGCAUGCAAAAGUCAUUUGUGGGGACCAGUCAAUAUCCUGGGCAAGGUUUCUGAGAGUUGUGGAUGCCAUGAAGAAUUACCAAGCCUCGAUAAAGACGAUACCGGGAUAUCACUCGAUCUACGAUACCAUCUCCAGUUUGGACUUGAUGCGGUUAGCUCGCAGCAAUCGGCAUCCCAGGAUCUAUAUACUUGGCCAAUGGUGGUACCGCCCUCUCUUGACCGGACACCCAAUGGACGGACAGGGAGGUUCUAAACUAUUUGAUCUCAUCUUGAUGAGUCGCAGAUACAAGUGCACAUAUCCUCAUGAUAAAAUCUUUGGAAUGCUCGGCGUUACUGGUGAGGACACUAGUAGCGAACUCUUGAACCCAGAUUACAACAUCACACCGAUGGACGCAUAUCGAAACUUUGUGCUCUGGGAAAUACACAAUAAUAGAAGCUUCCGUGUCUUUGGAACGAGUUCACAAAAGGCUAGUCAACACCGCUCGUCUCCAUCAUGGGUCCCAGACUUCAGCAACCUUGAUCCAAUCGAAAGCCUGACUGGGACUCUCUUCAGUGUUGCCGGGAACGACGCCAGUGCAGGGUUGCCGAUGGAAAUACGAGAAUCGAGUGAUGGGACUACGCUACAUAUCAAGGGAAGCAUAGUAGACAAAAUCCAUACUGUUGGUAAAAAGUCGUUCACGGAAAGAUCCACCAAAUUUAGCAAACAUGAUCAACGAGACGAGCGAAUUUCAGUAAACGACCAACUUCGCGUGAACAGGGAAAUGGUUGAAGAGGCAAGGGAUAUUUGGCUGGAAGCGACGAAAGGGGCAGCUCGAGGCGUUGGACCUGGUCCCGGGGCUCAUAUCUUCGACACCGCGAUGAACCAAGGUACGCCGUUACCCGGAAUCUCUCCGGGGUGGGAGCCAUUUUUACGAGUGCUCUUCGGCGACUUGUCUAUAGGGAGCAGAUCUUCCAUGGUUGUCAAGGAGAUCUCUACUUCUUUUCUUCGCUUGACCCUUGCGGAAAAUCAGUUGCCGAAGGAAUAUGCCAAGGGCGAAGAGGUCUUUGCCAUAAAAGGUUUGAGCUUCUUUGCCGCGAUAGCGCAGUCACGACGGUUUGCACGAACAGACAUGGGGUUGGCUGGUUAUGUGCCCAUGAGGGCGAAAAGGGGAGAUUUGGUAGUGGUUCUGUAUGGAUCUAAGAUUGAUUCCGCCGCUGCGCUAUACGCGGCAGUCUCAGAUAAUGACACGAUAAUGCACCCUCGAGUCUGGACUUUGAGCGACGACGGUGUCUUGCAAGGCCCUCCACGUUUUAUCGGCCACUAA